CGACUACACUUCCCAUGAGCCUCCACAGCUUGCCUGCUUCAACGCCACACACCAACAUGGCGGGGUUUGCAGCCUUUUUGAAAAAUGCCUGGAAUAAGGAGCCCGUCAUCGUGGUCUCAUGCGGCAUAGGACUGUUGGGUCUUGCUCUUCCCUUAAUAAGCCCUUUCACAAAGUACUCUGGAAUGAUCAAUGCGGCCGUGCCAUACAACUACCCAGUUCCCGUGCGGGAUGACGGAAACAUGCCCGACAUUCCUGCACACCCGUCUGACCCUCAAGGAAACAACCUGCAGUGGCUUAAAGAUCUCUAACCUUCAUGUCGUCUCCUGUCGCUGGUGCUCGUCAAAUGUCUCCUAGUAAAGAUUAUUUCAAUGAAAAUAUUGCCGGGUUGCUCUCCUGUCCUAAAAAUAUGAUUUACUUUCAGCACGACUGAUCCCUUUAAGGGAGGUUUAUGCUUUAUGCAAUCUUUGAUAGGAUUAGGAUUUUUGCCCGCAUGGGAACAGAAGAAGUCUCACUAUGUGACAUUUUGGGAUUAUGAUGCAAAAACAAAAGAAAACCAGAGGGACAGUUCCUUCGUAGAUUGUUUUUUUUUUUUAAUCACACAGAAUGUCAAUAUUCAUUGUUAGGAAGCCAUGCAGCCUCACGUGCUCACGUGCACGUUGGUGCGUGGUGUUAAAACGUUGACUUUGGUAGUAGAUGUUUUCCACGUGUGAAGUCGGCUGUUCAAUUGUUUCUCUUGCAGCACUAAACAAAUGGGAAUGAUAAAAAAAAACUGCUCCAAAAGAUUCUGUGCAAUAAACAUGGAGAACUUCUGAUUUG